AUGUCCAUAGCACUCAAGCAAGUCUUUAAUAAAGAUAAGACUUUCCGCCCGAAACGCAAGUUUGAGCCUGGAACCCAGAGGUUUGAACUUCACAAACGAGCGCAGGCCUCUCUGAACUCAGGCGUGGACUUGAAAGCAGCUGUGCAGUUGCCCAACGGAGAAGACCAAAAUGACUGGGUGGCUGUCCAUGUUGUUGACUUCUUCAACAGGAUCAACCUCAUUUAUGGAACUAUCUGUGAGUUCUGCACAGAGAGGACCUGCCCGGUGAUGUCUGGAGGCCCUAAGUAUGAGUACCGGUGGCAGGAUGACAUGAAGUACAAGAAGCCCACAGCAUUGCCAGCACCCCAAUAUAUGAAUCUUCUCAUGGACUGGAUUGAGUUGCAAAUCAACAAUGAGGAUAUAUUUCCUACAAGAGUAGGUGUUCCCUUUCCAAAGAACUUCCUUCAGAUCUGCAAGAAGAUACUCUGCCGGCUUUUUCGGGUGUUUGUUCACGUCUACAUCCAUCACUUUGACCGCAUCAUCCUUAUGGGGGCUGAGGCUCACGUCAAUACCUGUUACAAGCAUUUUUAUUACUUUGUGACAGAGCUCAACCUCAUAGACCGCAAAGAACUAGAGCCUUUGGUGUUUGUGAAGGUAUUGAGUGUGUUAGAUCCAAAGCACUCUCUGGAUCUAAGUGAGACAGAUGAGCACGGAGUGACGCGGGAGAGGAGCCGCUCUGUGCUCCUGCACCCGCGGGGCCCCGCAGCUCCCUUUGCGGGUCUGGAGAACAACGGGGUGAUCCUAAGCAAGUGUCCUCUUCGCCGCAGAGAAAUUGGUGGUCUCUCCCCAGACGGGCAGGCUUACCUUCUCCUCUGGCUGCCUCCUGACAGCUCGCAGCGUCACGAUGACGUCACAGUGCCCCCCUGCAAAGGUGCAUUCCGCUUCUCGUGGCUAAGAGCAACCAUAGGGACCAGGACAGCCUCCGGGUCAGCAGAGCCACUUCUGCCAUGA